AUGGAUUUGGGAAAGGACCAAUCCCACUUGAAACUCCAUCAGACACCUAAUCCUCAUCAAGAAGAGAACCAUGUUCCAGAAGUCAUUGGAACUUGGAAUUUGCGAAACAGAGAGCAACUCAGAAAAAGAAAAGCUGAAGCACAAGAGAAGCAAAAUUUGCAAUGGCAUUUUGGGUAUAAGAAAAAAUACAAGCGGCGAAGGACAGGAAAAGGAAAUAAAAGAGGCAGAAAGAGACAACAAAAUACAGAACUGAAGGAGGAACCUCAGUCACAAUUUAAAAAGGACAUGAUGGAGAAAGCACUGGCACCUAUGGAGAAAGAAACUGAACCGCCUAGGAGUAUAACUGAAGUGCUGUCUCUGGUAGCCUCUCCCAAAAAAGUUGUGCUUGAGAGACAAUUUUCUGCAGUGGAUCAAGAAAGCAUUAUACAUCAGGAAAAUUCUUCUGAGUUACAAGAAACAGUGGUACAAAACCAUCCUUCUGAAACAUGCCAAGAUGUGGCUGAACCUGAAGCCCUCUCUCCUAAAAUAUGCCAAAAAAUGGCUGUACUUCAAGGCCAUCCUUCUAAAAUGUGUCCAGAUAUGGCUGAACCUGAAGCCCUCUCUCUCACAAUGUGCCAAGAAACAGCUGUAUUUCAAAACCAUCCUUCCGGAUUGUGCCCUGAUACGGCUGAACCUGAAGCCCUCUUUCCUAAAAUGUGCCAAGAAACAGCUGUAGUCAAAGUCCUUCCUUCUAAAACACCUGAAGACAUAGCUGACCUGGAAGGAUGCUCUCUUGAAGCAUUCCCCAAACCAGGUAUGCCUAAAGGGUAUGCUCUUGAAACAUACCAAAAAAGAGCUGAACCUGAGGAAUAUAAUUCUGAACCAGAUCAAGGAAUGGCUGAGGUUGAAAGCUUCUUUCCUAAAACAGAAGAAAUAGAUGUGCCUAAAGACCUUUCUACAAAAACACACCAAGAAACAGUUGAACCUGAAUACUUCUCUUAUGAAACAUAUAAAGAAAUUGCUGUGCCUAAAGCAUCCUCUCAUAACACAGUCCAAGAAAUGCCUGCUCCUGAGGAAUAUCCACCUGAAAUAUAUCAAGAAACACCUGGGCCUGAGGACUGUUCACCUGAAAUAUACCAAGAAACACCUGGACCUGAGGAUUGUUCACCUGAAAUAUACCAAGAAACACCUGGGCCUGAGGAUUAAACACCUGGGCCUGAGGAUUGUUCACCUGAAAUAUACCAAGAAACACCUGGGCCUGAAGAUCUUUCUACUAAGGCAUAUAAAAAUAAGGAUCUGCCUGAAGAAUGCUUUCCAGAACCAUACCAAGAAACAGGUGGGCCCCAAGCACACCAGGAGGAUGCUAAGGAUGUUUAUACUUUUCCUCGAGAAGUGAGAGAAAAACCCAAAGCAGAAGAACCAGAGACACCAGCAAUUCCAAACGUUCCUCAAGAAAUUCAUCCAGAAAAUGAUGUCUUUAGUUAUGUUUUGUUUUAA